CGGUGGGGGAUGAGAAGGACCGGUCAUUGGAAAGUGACUGGUAAGGCUGGUCCGAUGCAACGUUUCUCUUGACAGCUGGUGAAUUUGCUCCCAGGUUGACGGAGGUCUCUACCAUCCAGGUACACCACAGCUAUUGUGUCACCCACGAGCUCCCGCCGAUCAGGUGAUGGGCAGCUGGCCGGCAUCCGGCUGGCAUUCCCUCCGUCAUCGGUCGCUCACCAUCAUCUACUCCGUCCUCCGUACCAAUACUAAUAGUGGACAAGCUAGACAAGCAGCUCUAGCACCUCGACGGAAUCUCAGCCAUUCCGAGCAUCGUUUCCAGGCGUAAUGAGCUGAAUCGUUGUCAUGGCUUCCCCACGGACCCUGUUCACAGCCAGCCGCUUGCAAACAUGGACCUACCUGCUUGGCGUCUGUCCAUUCUCCAUCGCAUUCCUAGUCUUCAUCAACUCGUCCAUCUCCUUUGUCGUCACGGAAUUGAUUGGACUCCGUGACGGAGAAGGUGAUGCCGUCGGCACCCUGGGCUUCGCGGACGAGCUGCUGGCUCUAAUCGCUUGCCCCUUGUGGGGGGUGCUGUCGGACCGCAUUGGCGUCCGUCAUGUCUGCACUACCGGCUAUGCUAUCGUUGCAGUUGCCCUGGUCCUCUUCGUCCAGGCCAAAAAUGUCUACCCUCAGCUCCUGCUGGGAAGACUGUUGUUCAGUCUCGGGGGCGCGGCGGUAUCGACCAUGGUCACGGCAGUACUUCCAGCCGUAGCUGGAUCUCACUCGUCACCACAACAUAAACCCACAUCAGGAUCCCAGACGAGUACCACUUCAUCCUCCCGAUUGGCAGGGUAUGUAGGCAUGUGUGCGGGCUGCGGUGCCCUUGUUUCCCUUGUCGUCUUCUUGCCCCUUCCAGCUCGCUUCCAGCAAUGGGGCCUUUCUCCCGUCGAAGCUAUCCAGCGGAGCUACUACCUCGUCGCGGGGGUGUCUCUGGUAAUCAGUGUUCUCUGCUUCUUUGGUCUGAGAAACCUCCCCGGAGAAGAGGGCAAGGCGUGGAGCUCCCUGUGGUCCCCCCGCCGGCGCGGGGCGUCGGAUGGCGGCGACUCGUGCUCGUACGCUCGCAAAUUCCAAUUGCCCUAUCUCGAACAGCUGGGCACGGCAUUCAUCUUGGGGUUCAAAAAUCCAGACAUCUUCCUGGGCUACCUCGGGGGCUUUGUGGCACGCGCCUCGUCCGUGGGGAUCUCGCUGUUCAUCCCGCUCGCGGUGAACCAUUAUUAUCGCCGAUCCGGCUUGUGCGGGAGCCAAGACGGAGAGGCGGCUAGCCCUGGCGACAUCAAGAAGUCAUGUCACCGAGCCUAUGUGCUCGCUUCGAUCCUGACGGGGGUCUCGCAGCUAGUCGCGUUGAUCGCGGCGCCAGCCUUCGGGUACCUGUCCGAGCGAUCGCGACGGCGUCACGUGCCGCUGCUGGCCGCGUGCUUUGUCGGCCUCGUGGGUUACACCACGUUUGCCCUGUUGCCCAGCCCCGAGUUCAAUGGCGACCACGGCAGUCCCGGCGUAUUCGUAGUGAUGGGCCUGGUCGGGGUCAGCCAGAUCGGAGCGAUUGUCUGCAGUUUAUCCGUGCUGAGCAGCGGGGUUCUCAGCGUGAGCGACGUGAGUAGCAUGGAUGAUCAGUUCUGGAACGAGCAGAGUGAUCCCAGCGAGGAUGAGGCAGAAGGGGAGGAGUGUCCUGUCGACGACGGAGAGGAGGAUGAGGACCGGCCGCUCAUGGCACACCGUAUGGGCCGGAAAGGACGGCAUCUGGCACAUCUCAAGGGUUCGAUUGCUGGGGUGUAUUCCCUUUACGGUGGAGCGGGAAUUCUGAUCCUGACCAAGCUGGGUGGGCUCCUGUUCGAUGUGCUGUCGUCGGGAGCGCCGUUCUACAUCAUGGCCGGCUUCAAUGGGGCACUGCUACUGGCAGGCCUGGUCAGUGGGUUCAUUGGGCACCCAAGGCCCGCUGGAUCAACUGGAUCUGGUGCGUAGCGUCGAAAAAGCUCUCAACGAGUGUUGCUUUCUUUGUGUGUCUUUUGUCUACUAGACAAGGAUGAUUUUGUUAGCUUGGAUGUUUAGCGUGGAAAUUAAGCCGCAGCAGACCGGGGGAACCGUGGCGCAUAUUUUUGGGAUGCAUGGAUGAGCCUGCACCGCCGGGAAAAUGAAAUGAGCCUUUAUUCCCGCCCCCACGUCUGGCCCCAGUGUCAGGCCGUGGCUCCGUUUCAGGUCAGUGGCAGCAAUGUUGAGGAAUCGUGAGAAGGAAGAAAAGAAGGAUGAUGGAGAAAUUGAAGAGGGAAGACGGACGGGUAUAUUAUGAGUGGGAUAAUAGAAUUUCCCCGGCUCCAGCUGGUUCCCAAUGCUUCGCCCA